CCGUUUCCCCUUUUGCGCAGGCAGUUGAAUGAGGAUAGAGAGAAAGGCGCAGUCCACAACAUGAUCCUUUCUUGGUGCACUCACCUCUGUCUCCACACCUGGGAGGGCCUCCGCCCGGCUUUGAGAACUGCUUUGCCUCGACAGCCCCCCUCAUCCAGGCCCACCACGUUCCUGGAUCAGUGAAAGCUGCAAGUCCAGGAACUCGAAGAGCAUCACUGAGGCAGGAGGCCCUGGAGUCUGCGCCAGGGCCAUGGAGGCCUCGGUGCUGAGCCCCACGUCCUGGGAGAAACGGCGGGCCUGGCUCCGUCAGAGCCGCAACUGGCAGACCCAGGUCCUGGAAGAGGAGGCUGCAGCCGCCCUGCAGGAUGUCACAGAUCCUGAGCCUUCCAGCCUGGAUGACGUUUUCCAAGAAGGGAAUCCAAUCAAUAAGAUUGAAGACUGGCUACAGGACUGUGGAUACUCUGAAGAAGGACUUUCUGAGGAAUCAGGACAGUCGAUCUACAAUAAGUGCUCCAGCCAUGGGACCAGCUUUGAAGAUGACUUGACCCUUGGAGCAGAGGCCACGCUGCUGGCCGCCAAUGGCAAACUCUUCUCCAGGAGUUUCCUUAACACAGGCAGGCCUUGCCAGCUACUUGAUCUCGGCUGUAGUUUGGCUUCCAGCAGCAUGACUGGGGGAACCAACAAGACUAGUUCAAGCAUCUCAGAGAUUCUGGACAAGGUGCAAGAAGAUGCUGAAGAUGUCCUCUUCAGUCUGGGCUUUGGCCAAGAAGACCAAAAAGACACUUCUCGGAUCCCUGCCCGAUUCUUCACCGCCCCCUCUCAGGCCAAGGGCAUUGACUUCCAGCUCUUCCUGAAGGCUCAGGUGCGGAGGAUCGAGAUGGAGGACCCCUGCCUCAUGCUGGCCAGCAGGUUUAAGCAGGUACAGACACUGGCUGUCACUGCUGAUGCCUUCUUCUGUCUCUACUCCUAUGUGUCUAAGACACCUGUCCAAAAGUUCACACCAUCCCACAUGUUAUGGAAUUACAACCCAACUGAUGUGCCAUCCAUCAGGAUUCUGGCCCCAGAGCCCGAACCCCACUCACCCAGAGAGCGUCUCCGGAAAGCCAUCUCCAAGAUGUGCCUGUACACAUGCCCCAGAGGUCGGCUAUCACCACCCUACAACACUCCCAAAAGGAACAGUUUGGACCAAGUGGUGUGGGAAGUAAUGGACAGAGUGAGAGGUGAAAAGCUCAUCGUCCAGCAAGACUCUGAGUUUGGGCAAGGCAAAACGGAAGAUCCUAUGAACCCUAUUAGGGGUACAAAUCUGCCCACUUCUCCCUGUCCAUGUGCCCUCUGCUCUAUAGAGGAAACACAGCAGGGGGUGUUCACAGUGCUACCAUCUUCACAAACUCUGAAUUCUAAUUCCAAGGUACCCCAUUACAUACGUUCUCCGCCCACAGCAGAUCCACAGUGGAGCACAGACUCUGCACAGGUAAGAAGAGAGCUGUGGAGUCUGCAGGCCACCAAUAAGGAAGUCCAUUCAGCCAAGGAUGAGACUUUCUGGAAAAUAAAGAGCAGAGCAAGAAAGAGCCUGUUUCAGAAGAAGUCCAUGGUCAGGAAGGUUAAGUCACUUGACCUGUCCAUCAUCCAGCAGAAGUGGAAGCAGAGCACAGACAGACCAGAACUGCAUCAAUCUUUAACCCAGCAGUGGCAGGACACUUUUGACUGGGAGGAGGUGCAGAGCCACAGUGAAGAGGAGCAGAGCCUCUGGCCAAGCAGACCCACACCCCCCCACUGCUAUCAGGCAUUUGCUGGCCAAGAUUCAUGAAGCUUUCUCAGCCACCACAACAGCACAUGCUCUGACAGGCAACAGCUUCAGGGAAGAGCCUAAUUCCCACCUCUUCUUGCAGGAAAU